AUUAAUUGAAGGAGAAUAGAAGCCAAAUGAAGCUAGUAUGUUUUUCUAUGAUAUAUAUAUAUAUAUAUAUCAUAGAUACAUAUCCAUCAUCAACACAUCACCACCAGCCCAUAUGUUGAUCUCACAUGCUCACAGUAAGCAGUCAAACAUACAUGAUUGGCUAUAUAUGCUUGCUAACAUCUCAUUUUUGCACAUAUCUUCACUCUUCAAGGUCUGUUGCCACCAAGCAACAACAUUUAGUUCUCUAUAUACAGAUAUAUCCCUGAACUCUUAUAUUAAUUGUUGGUCUGUCAGCAACAAGAAGUGCUCAAUGGGGACUCCAGGUUUGAGCUUUGCUGUGGUGUGUUCACUCUUCAUAUGCAUUGUGUUUGUGGCUGCUGCUGCUGGCACUGGGAGGUCUAAUGAGACAGAUCAACUCUCACUUGUAGCAUUCAAGGCCAGUGUUGUGCAAGACCCCCUCCACGUCAUGAGCCUAUGGAAUUCAAGCCUCCACUUCUGCCUGUGGCCCGGUGUCACCUGUGGCAGCCGCCACCGGAGAGUCACCGUCUUGGACUUGCAGUCCCUGAAGCUAGAGGGAACCAUAUCGCCGUACAUCGGGAAUCUGAGCUUUCUCAGAGUGUUGCAGCUUCAAAACAACAGUUUCAGGGGUGAAAUUCCCCUGCAGCUGGGCCGUUUGAGAAGAUUAAGGGUACUCCGCCUGCACAAUAAUUCCAUCAGUGGCCACAUUCCCGCCAAUUUAUCCAGCUGUCACCAACUCGGCGUCAUAAACUUAUCAAAAAACAUUCUAGUGGGGAGAAUUCCUCCCGAGCUUGGUUCAUUGCAGAGGCUUCUGUGGAUUAAAAUCGAUUCAAACAAACUGACAGGACCAAUCCCUCCUAGUUUGGGGAACUUGUCAUCUCUUGAGAUGCUUUUUGCAAGCAAAAACAAGUUGGUUGGGAGCAUCCCUGAAGCUGUAUGCCAAUUGCCAAGGCUUAAGUUUAUGGUAGUGAAUGAAAAUGGCAUGUCAGGUAAACUCCCUAGUUCACUUUUCAACCAUUCUUCUAUUAUGGCUAUAGAUGUGGGUACCAACCACAUUCAAGGAAAUCUUCCCUCACAGUUUGGCAACACCCUCCCGAAACUCGAGUACCUCAGCAUUUUCAACAACCAAAUUGGUGGUCUCUUCCCUGUAUCACUAUCAAAUGCCACGAAUCUAAUGUUCUUUGGAACAGGUCACAAUAAGCUUACAGGAAAGGUUCCAACCUUGGAAAAGCUGCAAAAACUUGAGCGACUUAGCAUCGCUUUCAACCGUCUUGGCGGUGACUUGAGCUUCCUAUCCUCCUUGACCAAUGCCACCAAUUUGGAUCUUCUAGAGCUGAAUGUAAAUGAAUUUAGUGGGUUGUUGCCACAAUCAAUUUCUAACCUGUCAACUAAGCUUGCAGAACUUUCUCUAAACUACAAUCAAUUAUAUGGAAGCAUACCGGCAGGGAUAUCCAAUCUUGUCAACUUGGAGGCCCUGUAUUUGGCCGGCAACCGAUUCACGGGUAAUAUUCCUCCUGAAUUUGGGAGGCUUCAGAAGCUGCAAGACUUGGCUCUGCCAGAAAACAAUCUCUCUGGGAGUAUUCCCUACUCAUUUGGAAAUCUAACUUUAUUGACUAGAUUCACUUUGGCAGAAAACAAGCUUCAUCGCAACAUUCCUAUUAGUAUAGGGAAAUGUCAAAAUUUGAUAUUGUUGGAUCUUAGUCACAACAGCCUUAGCGGCCCGAUACCAAAACUAGUGUUUGAUCUCUCAUCUUUGUCGAUAGCUCUGGACCUAUCUCAAAACCAAUUGACCGGUUCGAUUCCAAUGGAGAUCGGAAACUUGAUCAAUCUCGAUUACUUGGAUCUUUCUGAAAACAAGCUACUGGGUAGAAUUCCAGCCACUCUUGGCGCUUGUGUGAAAUUGACAAAUCUUUACUUGCAUAAAAACUUCCUCCAAGGAACCAUUCCUUCAUCUUUUAAAUCUCUCAGAGCCAUCCAAGUUCUAGACCUUUCUCACAACAAUUUGACGGGUGAAGUCCCAAGAUACUUGAAGGAUUUUGACUUCUUGCAAAAACUGAAUUUGUCUUUCAAUGACUUGGUGGGCGAGGUGCCGAUCGAAGGAGCUUUCAAGAAUGCAACUGCAACUUCAAUCACCGGAAACAAGAAGCUCUGUGGCGGUUUACCCGAGUUUCUGCUGCCCAAAUGCAAUCCCAAACAGAAGAACUCAACCCUCACCGUGAAACAUGUCAUUGCCAUAUCUUGUGGGCUUUUGGGAGCAAUCUUGGUGAUUAUAAUUUGUUUCAUUUAUCUUUUCUGGUUCAAGAUCAAGCAGAGAAACAAAGAAUCCCCUGGUUCGCUUUCACUGGAACCCUACUCAUUGAUCAGAGUGUCUUACCAAGAUCUCCUCAAAGCCACCGACGGGUUCUCUUCUUCCAAUUUGGUUGGAUCGGGUAGUUUUGGAUCCGUGUAUAGAGGAACUCUCAACAAUGGAACAGUUGUUGCAGUGAAGGUCUUCAAUCUUUUGCAUCAAGGAGCUUCCAAGAGCUUCCUCGCGGAGUGCGAGGCCUUGAAGAGCAUUAGGCAUAGGAACCUUGUCAAGAUUCUCACUGCAUGUUCAGGCCUUGACAAUCAAGGAAACGAUUUCAAGGCCUUGGUUUAUGAGUUCAUGGUUAAUGGCAACUUAGAUCAGUGGCUGCAUCCAAACCCCAAAGAAAAACACAGUAGUACUGUGCAAGUGCAUGUGCAUGUGCCAGCUUUGAAUCUUCUUCAGAGACUAGACAUUGCCAUCGAAGUUGCUUCCGCCGUGGAUUAUCUUCACCGCCACAGCCAAACGCCGGUAGUUCACUGUGAUCUGAAACCGAGCAACGUUCUUCUUGACAGCGAAAUGACGGCUCAUGUGAGUGAUUUCGGGUUAGCCAAAUUAAUCCUCGAGGACCGCUCCUCGAAUCAAAGGAGUUCGACCGGGAUAUUACGGGGAUCUGUUGGCUAUGCCGCACCAGAGUACGGCGUGGGGAGUGAGGCUUCGAGACAAGGUGAUGUAUACAGCUAUGGGGUGCUCUUGCUGGAGAUGUUCACCGGAAAAAGACCCACCGACGAGAUGUUCAGUGAGGGUACUGUGAACAAUAUUCACAAUUUUGUGAAGACUGCUUUGUCGUCAGAAAGAGUAGAGGAAAUUGCAGAUCCAUCGGUUGUUCUUCAGGAUCCCCAGAUGAAGAAAGGCAUGGAGAGAGACAAAAUGUUAGAGUGUUUGGCUUCAAUCUUUGAGGUUGGAAUUGGAUGCUCGGCAGAAUCAGCAAGGGCCAGGCCAGAAAUGAGCCAUGUAGUGAAUGAGUUGAUUCUGAUCAGAGACCCCAUCGUUGCAACAAGAAGAGGGACUACCUACACACGAGUAAUUUAGUCACUUUUUUUUUUUUUUUUUAAUAUGAGCAGGUAUCCAAGUUUUGCUCGAGUAAUUUAGUUUUUUUUGCAUGUCAAUAUGUCAUUUUGACGAUUUUCAUUAAGAUGGUAUUUGUUAACUAAGAUAUAGGGAAGAAAAUAUCAGAUAUGAAAAAUA